AUGCGCUCUCGGCCGAAGGCGUCGCGGCGCCAACGGACUGUGUCGAGAGGGUCCGAUGCUUUUUGCCCCGGCGCCGUCUGCGCCCGAGCGCGCCACCAGCCAAGGUCACCCUGCGAUCGCGUCACCGCUUACCGACUGCAAGUCCACUGCGCGGCGGCCUUGCUCGCGAUAACUUUUCAACGCCGCCAUUGCCGGGCCGACAAACCUGUCCCGAGACAGUGCGGGAAGCCGAAAUCACGAUCCUCCGCGGACUCGAAAAAAAAAAAUCGGUCCUCG